UUUUUUUGUAUCAGAGUUGAGUGUCCGGCUUCCCCCGCAGAUCUACCGCUGUUCUUUUAUCUCUCUUUAGAUUAUUAAUAUUAUUAUAGAUUAUUAUUAUUAUUGAACCGGAAUGAAGAGGAUGGCCUCUCCUUCCACUGAUAAAUCCCCCUGCUCCAAAAAGAAAACCGAGAAGAAGAUCGCCUCCAAAGAGGAGUACAGAUUACUCUCCAAUAUAAUGGGAGUGAUGAAUAACCUGAGGAAACAGGGAAUCCUGUGUGAUGUCAUACUGGUGGUGCAGGGGAAACACAUCCUUGCACACAGGGUGGUCCUAGCUGCUGCCAGCCACUUCUUCAACCUUAUGUUCACUACCAACAUGAUGGAGGCCACAAACCAUGAGGUGGAGCUUGGAGGUGCAGAGCCAGAGAUUAUUGAGUUACUGGUGGAAUUUGUCUACACAGCUCGAAUAUCUGUCAACAGUAACAAUGUCCAGUCGCUCCUUAAUGCUGCUAACCAGUACCAGAUAGAACCAGUGAAGAAAAUGUGUGUGGACUUUUUGAAAGAGCAAGUGGAUGCAACUAACUGUCUCGGCAUCAGCGCACUGGCAGAGUGCCUUAACUGUCCAGAGCUGAAGACUGCAGCCGAUGAAUUUAUCUAUCAGCAUUUUACAGACGUCUACAAACUGGAUGAGUUCUUACAGCUGGACGUGAAGCAGGUCACACACCUUCUCCACCAGGAUACACUGACCAUCAGAGCUGAGGAUCAGAUUUAUGACGCGGCUGUGCGGUGGUUGAAGUAUGACGUGUUGAACCGGCAGCAGUACAUCGUGGAUGUUCUGAGCAAAGUGCGCUUUCCCCUCGUUUCCAAAAACUUUCUCAGUAAGACUGUCCAGGCCGAGCCUCUGAUCCAGGACAACCCAGAGUGUCUUAAAAUGGUCAUCUGUGGAAUGCGGUACCACCUUCUGUCCCCUGAGGACCGAGAGGAACUGGGGGAGAGCAGCCGUCCACGUCGCAAGAAACACGACUUCCGCAUUGCGCUGUUUGGUGGCUCACAGCCACAAUCCUGCCGCUACUUUAACCCCAAGGAUUACAGUUGGACUGAUAUCCGCUGUCCCUUCGAGAAACGGCGGGAUGCUGCAGCAGUUUUCUGGGAUAACGUGGUCUACAUCCUGGGAGGCUCUCAGCUCUUCCCCAUCAAAAGAAUGGACUGUUAUAAUGUGGUGAAGGACAGCUGGUACUCCAAGCUGGGCCCUCCGAACCCCAGAGACAGUCUGGCAGCCUGCGCCUCUAAGGGCAAGAUCUACACGUCAGGAGGGUCUGAAGUAGGAAGCUCUGCACUGAAUCUGUUUGAGUGUUACGACACUCGGACAGAAACCUGGAGGAACAAGCCCAGCAUGCUGCAGCCGCGGUGCAGCCACGGCUCUGUGGAGGCCAACGGUCUCAUCUACGUGUGCGGAGGCAGCCUGGGGAACAACGUGUCCGGCAGGGUCCUAAACAACUGCGAGGUGUACGACCCCAGCACAGAGGAAUGGAGAGUGCUGUGUGGUAUGAGAGAGGCCAGGAAGAACCAUGGACUGGUUGUAGUCAACUCAAGGAUCUAUGCUGUGGGUGGACAGAACGGCCUCGGUGGUCUGGACUCGGCGGAGUACUAUGAGAUAGGCAGUAAUGAGUGGAAAAUGGCCGCACCGAUGCCGUGGAGAGGCGUCACGGUGAAGUGUGCGGCGGUGGGCUCGGUUAUCUACGUCCUGGCAGGCUUCCAGGGAGUGGGCCGCUUGGGCCAUAUCAUGGAGUACCACACGGAGACGGACAAGUGGGUGACCUCCAGCAAAGAACGUGCUUUUCCUGUCACCAGCUGCCUCAUCUGUGUGGUGGACACCUGCGGAGCGAAUGAGGAGGACCUGAGCACUAUUCAUGAACCUUCCUCUUCAUCCUCUUCAUCCUCAACAACAGCAGCAGCAGCAGCGGUCGCAGCAUCAGCAUCCUCCUCCUCAUCCUCUGCCUCUUCUUCUUCCUCUUCUUCCACAUCCUCAGCUCCUGCAGGUCAUGGACAAUGCUGAAGAUGGAUCUUUGAGACUUGUAUUAUAAUAUUUUAGUGGGUUUUUCUCUGUUUAGGGUGGAGUUUUUAGUCCACCAACAGCAUCCUGUGGGCAUCCAGCAUCUCGACUGCUGGAACACUAGAGGAUGACUCCAUCAACACUGUAAACUGUGCGGCAACGAAUUCAGAGCUUCAAAUCUGGUUUCUAAGAGGUGGAGCAGCUAUAGGUGGGAGUUUCUAUUAUAAAUGAACACAGUGUUUAAAAACUCCAGCAGCACGGCUGUCUCUGAUCUUCUUAUACAGACUUCUCACACAACACACACUACUAACACUAACCACCCAAAUAGUACCUGUUCUAUAGUGGUUCUGUGGGGGCCUAAUCAUUAAAGAACAGCAAUAAUAAAAGCAGGAUAAUAAAGUGUGAAGAGAAACAGAAAAUUGAUUAUGGUCUAUAAAUACUCUGGAUAAAAAAAAACUGAAGAGAUCACUUCAGUUUCUGAAUCAGUUUCUCUGAUUUCGCUAUUAAUAGGUUUAUGUUUGAGUAAAAUGAACAUUGUUGUUUUAUUCUAUAAACUACAGACAACAUUUCUACCAAAUUCCAAAUAAAAAUAUUGUCAUUUAGAGCAUUUAUUCAUUUGCAGAAAAUGAGAAAUGGCAGAUUCAACAAAAAGGUGCAAAUUUUAAGAGUUCAGAAAUCAAUAUUUGCUGGAAUAACCCUGGUUUUUAAUCACAGUUUUCAUGCAUCUUGGCAUCAUGUUCUCCUCCACCAGUUUUACACACUGCUUUUGGAUAACUCAAGCAGUUUAGCUUGUUGGUUUAAUGGCUUUUGAUCAUUUAUCUUACUCCUGAUUAUAUUCCAGAGGGUUUUCAAUUUGGUAAAAUCAAAGAAACUCAUCAUUUUUAAGUGGAUCAUAAGUGAAACAUGGCUGUAGAAACAAGGAGGUGGUCACAAUGUUAUGCUUAAUUAUUGUACAUGCAGAGUUUUAAAGGGCAAAAUUCACUGAUGUGCCAAAAGUAAUGCGAGAGUACCGGUAGUAUUUUGUGGACAACUCAACAAGUGGUAAUGAUUGUGUCUGGCAGCAUCUGGCUAGAAUUGUCCACGUCAACAGACAAUUGUCUCUGGCAGUAAUCGUGUCCACGUUUAAUGCAGGAGGAGGCCUUACACUCUUAUUCUGUAGGUCAAUACAGUGUUCUUUAGCUUUGAUUGAGCAUGGCAAAAAUCAUGGGACGUGAUACUUGUUCCUGGAUGUCCCGGAUCGCCCAUGCUGAGUAAGUGUUUGCACUUUCCCUUUUUCCUCACACACCCUUUUCUGAGCAUGUUCAAACAUUUUCACAUUUCACAUUUCUUUACCGUUGUUAACUGAAGACCUUAACGUCUUUAUAAGCUACCUCACAACGUUUUUCACAAUAGUUUUAAGGAAGUAUUGAGAUUAAAUGUUUUUUUUUUUUACUUUAUCCAUUAAAUGUGGUAAUGUAAAGGGUUUUCUCAUAAGUAAGGCUUUAUAAGCAAUAUGAAAUGAAAACGGUUUGACAGACAGUGAUCUAAUUUUAAACACUAGGAAACAUGACCUUACAUGACCUUAAGAGAAAUUCUGUCCAUAUUUUAAAGCUAGUUCUCGAUUGUAUAUAAAUAUUAAAUGUAUGUAUUUGAAUGGUAGGUGGUUUCUUUUUACAGUUUUAAUCAUUACCAUUUUUCCUUCUUUGUGAUUUGUUAAUUUGAUAGAGAAUUCAUUGUUCCAUCAGUGGUGGUAAAGCAUCUUGUCCCAGGUGCAUCAAAACAGUCCCAAACAAUGGUACUACCACCACCAUGUUUCACAGAUAGGAUAAGGACUUUGUGCUGGAAUGCAGCAGUUUUUUUUUCUGGGAAGCAGCAGCUUUAUCCUUGCAGCCCUGCAAUGCACACUAUUGUUGUUCUUCUAGUGGUGGAGAAGAUCAUGUUAAUUAACAUUAUCCAGCGUGAGAAAAGUCUUUAGUUGCUUUUAAGUUACCUUGGUUUCUUUGUGAUCUUGCGGACUAUUACACGCUUUGCUCUUAGCGUGAUCUUUGCUAGUCAGCCAUUCUGUCUGACUGUGGAUUGGUGGAGUCUUCAGAUUUUUUUUUUAUACAUACUUUUGCCACUAACAGAUAUGUAAAACUGGACCAUUUUCCUCAAUAAAUAAAAGCCCAAGUUUA